AUGAACGUUUUACAUCGAAAAUGGCACAUUAUCAGUGGAAGUCAGCAAAAGUGCUUUACAAGGGAGAAAACAAGAAAAGGCAAACACAAAAUUUUUCUUUCUGUGCAUAAUGCUUUCAAAAUUGUUGGUAGUAGAAAGAACGUGAGCAAGAGUUGGUGGGAAGAUGUAAAAACUCAAGCAGAGCACGUUGAAACGAAUACCUGUUGGGUGGAUCGCCAGCCACGCUGUUUGCUUUCCAAUCUCACAGGAUUUUCUUUAGCUCAUCAUAUUCCGCAAUGUUUACCAUUCAAUCGAAAUUUCAUUCUGAACUUUUCCCAUUUGUAUCAUAAUUUUCAUCAACUUCCAAAGCCCCAAAGCAAACAGUUGUUUGUAGCUGAAGCGAGCUUAGGAGAUGAAUUUUCCGCAACAGCGUAA